AUGACGUGCUCGAUGGCGUCCUGCCUGGUAUCCGCAGGCGGACUAUCUUCUGGCACGAUGAUGCCAGGAGCUGCUCGGGCGAUACCCCGACAGAAAGUGAGAUUGAGGCCGAUACUAUCUAGGAAGGCCAGUGUCAAAGGGAUCUUGGAGCCGAACCUCAUCGGCGUCAGCCUGAAGUUCCAGCCCGCAAGGCCCACCAGCACCACCUGGACAGACGCGGAGGUAGUACUACAGAGGGGAACAGAGGGAGUGAUAGUGCCUGGACUGUCAUUGCGCUCGAAGGAGACCCAGUUGAUGGACAAUCCGAGUUCUGUCGAACCCGCCAUCACACCCACCCAGUAUUGCAACCGGGUGAUGUCUCAGCACAUGGACCCCCCAAGGAAGGUCGACUUCUAUCUCGCGGAGUGUCUAGCGAUCCGGAAAGUGGUUCCGACGGUCCAGUGCAAAUGGACUCAAGAAGAAUAUGGCAGAGCAUCCAAGAGAAGUCAAGGUCCACCAGUUGACGCCUCUCCUUGGGUAUCGACAGAUCCUCCUCCGGAGGAUAAGAUCAAAAAAUCUGCAGAGGCUGCAAAGAGGAGGAAGGAGACGGAAGAUGAAGUGCAGGACAUCGCGGGCAGGAUCAGAGCAGCUGUGGAACAGACGGAGAUGGAAGUGGAGGAGCGAAUCAAGGCUGCCGUGGAAGCCUCCGAGGAGCGGAUUAAGGCUGUCGUGGAACGGAAGAUGCCAGCAGCACCCUAUCCAAUGCCGCCGGCGAUGGCGCCAUAUCCCAUGCCCAUGCAGGAAGGCUACAUGGCUCCCAUGCAGAUGGCACCCAUGGCGCCACCCAUGGCGUCCGUGAUUGAACACAAGGACAAAAUAGAGGAAGUGUGGGAGAAGUUCUAUGGAGGCGAGAUUCCCAAGGUGAUUUCCGAAUGCCAUGUGGUGUGGACUAUGACGGUGGAGCGCCACAGUCGCGGCCCGGCCGAAGAUGUUGGGGAGGAAACUACAAAGUGGCGUGCGCCGGAUCCGGUGCUCCAAGAGCGGUUGCAAGCCCUGGAGGCACAGCUGAAAGCCAUUAAGGAUGAGAAGGAGAAGGAAGAGCUCCGAAGGGCGCAGGAAGAGGAGGAAAACGAAUGGCGCGCCCAGAACUAUCAAGCCACCAAGAUUCAGUCCAUGUUUCGUGGCCAGCACGGGCGACGGGAAGCCUCGGCCGAGAGGAAGAAGGUGGAGGCCGCCGCACAGCUCCGAGCGCAGCAGAACAGCGUGCAGGCCAUGCGGAAGCUGCUGGAAGACCGGGAACAACGGCGCCUGGCGCACUACGCGGUGAAGCUACAAGCGAGAUGGCGCGGGCGCGUUGUGCGGAAGAAGUACCUGGCAGACCUGGAGGACCGCAAACGAGUGGAGCGGCAGCAGAAGAGGCAGCAAGAGGUGGAGCAGAUCUCCCAGCGUUUGAUCGAAGUGGAGCUGGCGCAACGCCGCCGCGCAGCGGAGAUGCUGCAGGGCGCGUUCCGCUGCCGCAAGGCGCGCAAGGAGCUGAAAAGAUUGAAGUUGCUCAAAGACAAGGAGGAGCUGGCCAAGAUGAACGAAGAACUCAAACUGAAGCUGCAACGAGACAGGGAGGAGUUGCUACGGCAGAUGGAGGCGGAAAAGAAGAGACUACGCGACAUGAACAGGACCAUUUGGCUGCACAUCCCCUUCGCGGAGCCGACGCCUGAGCCGCCCAAGGGCGUGCAGGAUCGGAUGGUGGAGAAUCAGCAACGACGUGAGGAGUCGCGGAAGAAGCGGCAGCAGAGAUUGGCUGAAAUUCAGGCAAUCGCAGAGCGAAAUGCGCGAAGUGGAAGCCCCAAGAGCCCCAGGAGACGCCGGGGUGGCUCACCAGGACGUUCAAUGUCUCCGAGACGAGGUCAUGAGUCACCUGGCUGA